AGUACGUCUUAGAGUAGGGUGGGCCUAUACUACUGUAAAACUGCAUUCUUACUUUUAGUAUGAAAGAGUGUACCAUCUUGUCUCAUGUAACAGCUGUGUAGAAAAAUGGAAACAUGCAAUACAUCUGAAAGUUCAGAGGCUGCAAACUAACAGUGUAGGUUCCACAAGUCCAGCAGCUUAGAGAAUGGAACACGGCUGAAAUUACGUUCAUAGAGAAGGGAAUCCACACAGCAGGGUGUGGCAGAAGGAGGAUGUGUGUAAGAAAUCCAAGUAAUGGCAGCAAUGUAAUGGCAGCAGUCUAUAACAUCUGCGAAGCUAGCAUGAACAAGGAGAAAGUGUGAUAUGAGUAAUUUCACCUUCAGGUGACGUUUUUGCCAAGUAAGGUACUUAACUUUUCAUUAAUGAAUGUGUUUGGAGAGGCCACAAGGAGUUGUGUAUUCAUCAUGUAUCAAAGGGUUUCAUUUUAACGUGCAGCUGUCAGGGGCAAUGAAUAGUUCAGAUGAAAGGACAGAGGUGGUCUUGUUGGCUUGUGGCUCUUUCAAUCCCAUCACCAAUAUGCAUCUGCGGCUCUUUGAAAUUGCAAGAGAUUAUCUGCAAGAAACUGGAAAGUACAAAGUUUCCAAGGGCAUUAUUUCUCCUGUGGGUGAUGCUUACAAAAAGAAAGGUUUGAUACAGGCCCAUCAUAGAGUCGCAAUGACAAAGUACGCAACAAAGAGUUCUGACUGGAUAACAGUGGACACUUGGGAAAGUGAGCAAAAUGAAUGGCAGGAGACCGAGAAGGUUUUAAGGCAUCACUACCAACAGCUUUUGUCCUCUGAAAAUACUGAGAGCCAGAAAAGCAGGAAAAGGAAAUAUGAGGAUUGUUCUUCCAGCGACAAAUCAGACCUAAAAUCUAAAGCUGUUCCUGAAUUGAAACUCUUGUGUGGUGCCGAUAUCUUGGAGUCCUUCAACACUCCUAAAUUAUGGAAGCCAGAAGACAUAGAAGAGAUAGUAGGAGAGUACGGCAUUGUCUGCAUUACCAGGGCUGGAUCCAGUGCUGAAAAAUGUAUUUAUGAGUCAGAUGUUCUUUUCAAGCACAGGCGCAACAUCCAUGUAGUGAAUGAGUGGAUAACCAAUGACAUAUCUGCAACAAAGAUUCGGCGAGCAUUAAGAAGAAACCAGAGUGUAAAAUAUUUACUUCCUGAUCCUGUUGUGGAAUAUAUUCAUAAACACAAUCUGUAUAGUGCAGAAAGUGAAGAGAAAAACUCUGAUGUCAUACUAGCCCCUUUGCAUCGCUAUACUAAAUGAUUCAGAACUUUUCUGAAGAUGUGAAAUAGUAUCUGAUAUUAGUUUUGGUGGCUGUGGCAAUGUAGACCUGAAGUUGAAGUGCAUUGGCUAUCACCUGUGUACUUUGUAAUAACAAGUAACUGUGAUGUGCUGUCCAACCACACCUGCAAAUGUAACUUAAUUCUUCUUCUUCAGUGGCUACUUUGAUACCAAAUUAUUAUUGUAUUAGCCCAAUAAGAAACUUUUUAAGUUUUAUAUGUACACACACACACACACACACACACACACACACACACAGUAUAAUGUAAUGUUUUGGCCAAGAAAUCAUUGUUUGCACUGUGCUUGUCAUUGUGCGAUCAUCAUUCAUGGUUUGCACUACAUUAGUUUCCCUAGCGACUAUUGUAUCUGAUAUGUCCAGUGAACCAGGUAUGCCAGAGCUUGACAUGAACAUUUUGUCCUUUCACCAUCAUGCUGGGAUGAGGUUUACAUGUUUUUAAUUUAUCUGAAUUGUAUGGAUGGCAUUGUGAAUGUUGAGACAUCAUUUAAUCUAGCAUAUAAUUUGGUUUAAGGGGUUUUUAACAUUUUAUAAAUGAUGUAGCUGUAAUAUAAUGCAGUAACAAAUCAAUGUUGACGAAAAGCCAUUGUCUGCUCACUGUAUUUUGAUUUAACACUGUCAUCCGACUGCACCCUAAAUACUGUUUACAUUUCCUUAUGCAUUUUGUACAGCAGUGUAUACCUCACCUUCGUUUAUACUCUCUCCCUGUAACAUAAGUAAGAGGUUACUACAGGUUAUAUUAACAAGCUGCAGAAGUACUUGUUUAGUGUGGUGGAUGGAUCUGUAUUUCUUUCAUGUAACCACUAGUUGCAUAUUAUAUGAUUCACUUUUUUGCUGCUUCUAGGAUGCCCUUGUACACUUAUACAAGUCUGUAGUGGACAUUGUGGGUUAAUUUGUUAAGAAGUUUGCAAUUUUGUACCUGUAACCAAGUUUGCACCUGCAACCACAGGAGAAAAUAUGACUUUGCUCAAACCCCUUUAUUCUGUAUUUUAGGCAUAUUUGUGAGUUAGCUAAAGUCACUUCCAUUUAACAGGAGACAGAGAGUAAUCUGCAUUUAUUGAGAUAUAUUUUUCCAGGUUGCUCCCACUGAAAUAUUUUUUUUUCUUAUCUCUGUUUCCCUAGCUGAAAUUAGUUAGAGCAAAUAAAUGUAUUUUGUCCUCUUUAGAAAUCGCACAACUACUGAAGAGAGUCAUGUAUGCAUUCCUUUCUUCACCACUGUGAUAUUUUCAUUUCCUAUGCAAAAUUGCCUGAUGCUUAUAUUUGUAUUGUGUUUUCAUUGUUGGUAGUAUGGUCAGUAGUCAAUGAAAAAAAUCACACUCAUAACAUUUAUGGUCAUUAUUAGGAACCAUUAAUUUGAUCUGCAUGUGUUAGUUAGCUGUUACUUUAUUUGCAUGUGUUUUGAUUUGCCAUUUGUUAUAAUACUGUUAUCUGAUUUGAGCUAUAAUUUUAGCAAAUUAGACUCCAUAUGCUAGACUUCUGUGUCAAAAUAAGCCUGUGACUUCAAAGAUUAGUCAAUAAAUAAAUUUGUUGCUUUAUCGAAAAGGUU